AUGGCUGACAAGAUGGAUCGCGGUCUUGAUGAGAUCAUCGCUGAUACUGUACGUCUUUUUCAUCUCCCUCCUAUCCUUUCAUACCGUCUCCCGCGUGCAGUACAUGACAUGAACGCGCCCCCGUCUCGCAUCAACCAACCAACACAGGCUGACUUUUCUUUUUCGCAGCGCGCCAAUCGACCUCGCAACCCCCGUGGCCAAGGUCGCCGACGUGAACCCCGUAAUGACUACCCUCGCGAUGGUGUUAGAAAGUCCGCUCGCGACGAUUCACGAAACCUUGAUAGCGAAUGGGUCCAUGACCGAUUCGAAGAGAACAGUAAUUCUUGGAAACCCUUUCCUGCCCAGGAUGCUAUUUUAACAGCUAUCCAGACAAUCGCCGAGCUCCUGCUCCUCGCCGCCGCCGCGAAUCCCCCGACCAGUGAGUCGCACCCUAUCAACAAUCGCGAGCUCCCUAACCUUGUGCACAAUAGGGAGUCCAAGGGCGCCAAGCUCAGAGUUGACAACAUUCACUAUGACCUCACUGAGGAAGACCUGGAUGAGCUAUUUCGAAGAAUUGGCCCAGUUGUUCGCCUUCAGCUACGGUACGAUCGUGCUGGGCGAUCCGAGGGGACUGCUUACGUGACGUACGAACUGAAGGAGGACGCUCAGGAGGCGGUCAAACAAUUUGACGGUGCCAAUGCCAAUGGCCAACCCAUUCGAUUAACUCUGCUACCCUCGCGAAACCCAUUUGAUACCGCCGUUAUGCCCGGCCGUCCACUGGCAGAGCGAAUCUCGAGUCCGGGGGAACGAAGAUCCCAUUCCCCCCAUCGCCGGUAUGAUGACGACGAUGCUGCCCGCAGAGGAAUCGACAGAUAUGUUCCCGGUCAGGGUCCUCGCCGCAGCCCAAUGCCGCGACAAGGUGGUCGGGGCCGCGGUCAAGGUGGUCGUCGCCCUGGAGCUCGCCGCGAUGGUAGAGAUGGGGGCAGAGAUCAGGAGGGCGGACGAGGCAACCCUCGCGGGAAGAAGACACAGGAGGAGCUGGAUGCAGAGAUGGCGGACUACUUUGGCGGCGGUGACAACGCGCAGGCCGCAGAGCCUACUGACCAGCAAAUUGCACCCACUGCUCAAACACAGGCACCUGCGCAGACUCAGGCUCAGGCUGCGACCGACGAUAUCGACAUGAUCGAGUAG